CCGUUCCCAGUACUUUUCGCAGGGGCUGGCUGAAUCAGGGGCAUGCUUCCGGGUCGAAGGGUUUACUUCCGGAGAGCGGGAAGGCUGAAACGCGGUGGCGGCAUUGCGGGCAGAUUUGCGAGGUUCUAGCUGGCGGAGGCCGCAGCCAUGGACAGGAGUGGCUUUGUGGAGAUGCCAUCCCCUGUGAUCCGGGAGGCAGAAGUGACAAGGACUGCAAGGAAGCAAAGUGCUCAAAAAAGAGUUUUAAUUCAGGCCAACCAAGAUGAAAAUUUUGGUAAUACUACACCAAGAAGCCAAAUUAUUCUUCGAACUCCGAGCUCAUUUCGACAGCCUUUUCCUGGCCUUUCACUUGUUACCCCACCAAGCCGAAGCUUACUAAGACACCCAGAUAUUUCCUGCAUUCUCGGAACGGAAGGGAAGUCUCCCCGGCACACACAGUCUUCUGGGUUCUUGGGAAAUCUAUCCAUGGUGACAAACCUGGAUGACAGUAACUGGGCAGCUGCAUUCUCAUCACAGCGUUUGGGCUUCUGCACAAACGUGGAGCCCCACAGUGUAACUGAGGACGUAAACCUGAGUGCUGUUAUGUUACGUGAAGAUGACCCUGGAGAGGCUGCAUCCAUGAGUAUGUUCUCUGAUUUCCUGCAGUCUUUCUUGAAGCACUCUUCGACCACAGUUUUUGAUCUUGUUGAAGAGUAUGAAAAUAUCUGUGGUAGUCAGGUGAAUAUGCUGAGUAAAAUAGUGAGCCGAGCGACGCCUGGACUGCAGAAGUUUUCAAAGACAGCCAGUAUGCUCUGGCUUCUUCAACAGGAGAUGGUCACAUGGAGGUUGCUUGCCUCUUUGUAUAGAGACAGAAUACAGUCUUCCUUAGAAGAGGAAAAUAUGUUUGCAGUUGCUGCUAUUAACGCCAGUGAGAAGACGGUUGUGGAAGCUCUAUUUCAGAGAGACUCACUGGUUCGACAGAGUCAGCUGGUGGUAGAUUGGUUAGAAAGUAUUGCCAAAGAUGAAAUUGGAGAUUUUUCUGAUAAUAUUGAGUUUUAUGCAAAAUCAGUAUAUUGGGAAAAUACCCUCCAUACCUUAAAACAGCGGCAGCUGCUGCCUUACAUAGGAAGUGUCCGGCCUCUUGUCACAGAAUUGGAUCCUGAUGCUCCUAUUAGACAGAAAAUGCCACUUGAUGACCUGGAUAGAGAAGAUGAAGUUAGAUUACUCAAGUAUCUUUUCACUCUCAUUCGAGCUGGAAUGACAGAAGAGGCACAACGGCUCUGCAAACGUUGUGGGCAAGCAUGGCGAGCUGCGACACUGGAAGGCUGGAAACUCUAUCAUGACCCUAAUGUUAAUGGAGGUACAGAGCUAGAGCCUGUUGAAGGGAAUCCAUACAGACGGAUUUGGAAGAUUAGUUGCUGGAGAAUGGCUGAAGAUGAACUUUUCAAUAAAUAUGAACGAGCGAUUUACGCAGCACUGAGUGGGAACCUCAAGCAGCUUCUUCCUGUCUGUGACACUUGGGAAGACACAGUGUGGGCCUACUUCCGGGUGAUGGUGGACAGCCUGGUAGAACAGGAGAUUCGGACGUCAGUAAUGACCCUGGAUGAAACGGAAGAACUCCCUAGAGAGUACAUGGAAGCGAAUUGGACCUUAGAAAAGGUUUUUGAAGAACUUCAAGCCACUGAUAAAAAGAGAGUUCUGGAAGAGAAUCAAGAACAUUACCAUGUAGUUCAGAAAUUCCUUAUCCUGGGAGACCUGGAUGGUUUGAUGGAUGAAUUUAGCAAGUGGCUUUCCAAGAGCAGAAGCAAUCUACCCGGACACCUCCUCCGCUUCAUGACUCACCUUGUUUUGUUUUUCCGCUCCCUGGGAUUGCAGACCAAAGAAGAAGUUUCCAUUGAAGUUUUAAAGACAUAUAUACAGCUUUUAAUAAGUGAGAAGCACACAAACCUCAUCGCAUUUUAUACUUGUCAUUUGCCUCAAGACCUUGCUGUCACCCAGUAUGCACUGUUUUUGGAAGGUGUUACAGAAUUUGAGCAACGGCAACAGUGCCUGGAGCUGGCUAAGGAAGCAGAUUUGGAUGUUGCAACAAUAACAAAAACUGUAGUUGAGAAUAUUCGAAAGAAAGAUAAUGGUGAAUUUAGUCACCAUGACCUGGCUCCAUCCCUAGAUACUGGCACGACUGAGGAGGACCGUGUAAAGGUGGAUGUGAUUGACUGGCUGGUAUUCGACCCAGCACAGAGGGCAGAAGCACUGAAGCAGGGCAACGCCAUCAUGAGAAAGUUCUUAGCAUCAAAGAAACAUGAAGCUGCAAAAGAAGUGUUUGUAAAAAUCCCUCAAGAUUCCAUUGCAGAAAUCUAUAAUCAGUGGGAGGAGCAAGGCAUGGAGAGCCCACUUCCUGCUGAAGAUGACAAUGCUAUCCGAGAGCAUUUGUGUAUCAGAGCCUAUCUGGAAGCCCAUGAGACCUUCAAUGAGUGGUUUAAGCAUAUGAAUUCAGCUCCACAAAAACCUGCAUUGAUAUCUCAACCAACUUUUACAGAGAAAGUGGCUUUUGAACACAAAGAAAAGAAAUAUGAAAUGGACUACAGUAUUUGGAAAGGACAUUUAGAUGCCCUCACUGCUGACGUAAAGGAGAAAAUGUACAACGUCCUGUUGUUUGUUGAUGGAGGAUGGAUGGUAGAUGUCAGAGAGGAUGCUGAGGAAGACCCUGAAAGAACACAUCAGAUGGUUUUACUAAGAAAGCUCUGUCUGCCCAUGCUGUGUUUCCUGCUUCAUACUAUAUUGCAUAGCACAGAGCAGUACCAGGAGUGCCUGCAGUUGGCUGACAUGGUGUCCUCUGAGCGCCACAAACUGUACCUGGUAUUUUCUAAGGAAGAACUAAGGAAACUGCUGCAGAAGUUAAGGGAAUCCUCUCUGAUGCUUCUAGACCAGGGGCUUGACCCGCUCGGAUAUGACGUUCAGUCAUAACUCAUCACCUCUGAUGCCCCGGACACGGGGUUGUUUGGUUUUGACCAAAUAUACAUAUUUGUAAUUACUGAUUUUUUUUUCCUUUGGCAUUUUUUGGGGAAACUGUAAAAUUUAAGCUUUUGAAUUUUGUAUUAUAUCAGUAUUUCUUUAAGUAUUUUUUAAUGAAAUUAUACAAAAUAAAUUUUUUGUUGUAUAAA